AUGAUCCCAGAACAUGUUGCCCAGCUGGCCUCCGCGCAAAAAAGAAUGUAUGCGUGUUGCCAUCUUCAAGCCACAAUUUCUUAUAGCCGAUCUCGAACCGUUUCAUCUCGCACCAUGUCCGUUGCUUUCAAGACCACCCUCACUCUCUGGCUUCUUGCGCUGCAUUGCGUUCUGGAUGCAGCACAUAGUGAUGACAUUUGGGCGACCCAGCUGCUUCAACGAAAGCUGGUUCUGACAGGCACGGAGACAGAACUUGGGCUUCCGGAAGAGCGCCGAAAUGCUGCGGAGCCUCUCUGGUGGUUCCAUUGUCCAAAAUGUGGAACUUCCUUCGUCAACAGCUUGAUCAACUUGCCUGGUGUUUGUCCAGGAUUGGCUUUGCACAGAGUCGACAGCACGACUCUGGGCCCCUGUUUCGCGCCGAUCUUCUUAACCGAUGUGUGUCCAGCAUGGUGCUCAGGCAUGGAGUGCGUAUUUCCUCCACACCAGGCCCUCGGCAACUACACCGACUACGCGGCCAAAAAAGGUCGAUUGGUGGGGCUCUUCCGUGACCCCGAUCAACGGCUUCUCUCAGUGUACCAUUCUUGGGGCAAUGGGCCUGGUUGCGUUGACUGGUCCGCCGCUGCGAAUAACAUAACGCUGCCGCCCUUUCUGGAGUAUGCAGAGCUAGAGAAGGGGGGCAUGACUUACCAGCUGACACAAGUGGACCCGCUAGGAUUUCCGCUCGAGGCCCGCCGCAGGCCCAUGACCACCGAGGAUGCAAAGGAAGCUUCCCGACGAGUGCGGGAGGGUUUCGCCUUUGUGGGCCUUACGGAGGAGUGGGACAUGUCCGUCUGCCUUUUCCACAAGAUGUUUGGGGGACAUUGUCAUGCGGCAGAGUUUGAAGACAUUCGGCCAACGAGUCCAGGCAAGAAUGCCUCCGUGGACUAUGACACAUCUGAGCUCAUGGGCUUUCAUGAUGAUAUUGAUGAAGUCGUGUAUUCUGCAGCUUUGGACGUAUUCAAGGCCAACAUCGCCUUGUACAACGUGUCGCAAGAUUCCUGCCAGUCCUGCUUUUCAGUCCGUGGUUCCUAG